AUGAACGCGCCCCGCAAGCUCUCCGGAGUCACAACAUCAACCUCUACUUCAAACUCCUCACAACUCCCACCGGCAUCGGAGUCGGAACGCGCAGGCUCGUACAUACCGCAGCAUGCCAUGAGCCCUCUUGCCUUCUCCCAAGCAGGUCCGGCCUUUCGUCCCUCCAAUGGUUCGCAGCAGACAUACCAGUCCCUUUCAAUGACCACCAUGAAUGCCUUUGCCAACGACACCCCCCAACCCUCCGGGAGCGCAUUUACUACAACCCCCUCCUCCGUAAUCAUCCGUCGACUGCCUCUUAAUACAACCGAGGAGACCCUGAGGUUGAUGGUCGUGUGGUCCAAGGAGUUUGUUGAUGCCGAGGUAUUAUCGCCAGACAAAUCCGAAGAUGUUGGAUUCCGCGCCGCCAUUUUACGCUUCAAGUCGCAUGCAGGUGCCCUCGAGGCGAGGAACAUGCUGGACGGGAAGCCAAACGUUGCAAAUGAUGCGCAGAUGAUGGUCGAGAUUUACUACGGAAACCCGAGUACUUCACGACGAUACACAGCGGACAAUACCUCUAACCCUGGUCCAUCGAGCUCUACGUCGUCCACUGCCUCAUCUGGUGGUCCCACACCUCGUCAAUCAUCGAGAUAUAAUGGUACUUUCCAGUCACAUCAAAAAAUAUCUCCAACGAACAACGGAUCCUACGUCAGUAACGAGUUGCCGAAUCCAGAAGUCAGUGCUCAUUAUCAGAGUCUCUUCUCUCCCCAGUCUCCAAUUGGCAAUCACCUGAACGAACGGACCAGAGUCACGGGAAAGUCACUGAUCAACAAUGAUUCGGCUGAUGAUGACGAGACUGGUGAACUCCUCAAAGACCCGGUCGCCUAUGCCGAGAAUGGAUCCUCAAUAGGACGCCGGCCGACAAAUCCUCAAAUCCCGCUCUCUCGGAUGGCCGGGUUGUCUCUGAAUACGAAUAGCGCUGCGGGCACAGCACCACUUUCGGCCUUUCAGCAGCCCCUGUCAUCGAUUACGAACACCAAUCCCAUGUCUCCAACAGCUUUGACGAAUGGAGGCCCUCCUGCCAACUAUCAGCUCGGUAGCCAACAUUAUCAGCGUCACAAUUUCCCACCGGUUAAUCCCGCUGACCAGAAUCCUCCCUGCAACACGCUGUAUGUAGGAAAUCUUCCGAUCGACACAUCCGAGGAUGAGCUCAAGGCUAUGUUUUCAAAGCAACGUGGUUACAAGCGCUUGUGCUUUAGAACCAAACAGAACGGACCUAUGUGUUUUGUCGAAUUUGAAGACGUCUCCUUCGCUACAAAGGCCCUUCAUGAGCUUUACGGCCAUCCUCUCCACAACAGCAUUAAGGGUGGAAUUCGACUUAGCUUUUCAAAGAAUCCUCUCGGUGUUCGAUCAGGGCAAGGCAUGUCAUCGCCGGUUCCUUCAAGUGCUCAAAGCGUCAUGCAGGGAAUUAACGGGGCUAUGCUUGGUGGGCAGGGCUCAUCUUUUAGUACUGCGAAUGGUCCACCUCCGGGUCUUUCUGCUCCUCCUGGUCUUGGAUCGGGGAACAUGCGAUAUGGGGGUGCUGUGAAUCCGAUGGCUGCUGCGAAUGGUCAAUACGCAGCUGCUUCCUUUGCUGGAAGUGCUAAUGGGUGGAAUGGACCGGUUUUUGCAAAUGCCAUGACUGCUGGUGGUCCACCGGCGAUGAUGAAUGGCGCGCACAGUGGAUUUCCUCCUGCAUAUAUGAUGGGGAGGUAG